ACAGCAAGUGGGGCAAUCCACGUCACUCUGGAAAUCCUGCCGGACCGUGGAUAGUUGCUCCUACAGUUAGCCGUGGGUUGAACAGAUUUUAAAGAAGUAAACUUGCGAACUAAGUUGGCAGUGCGAGGUCGGUCGGCCGGCCGGGUCGCCGGGUAACGGGCGCCCGCCAUGACUCAGGUCAGCGGCGAGGAGUUCGGUGCGCUGCCCGACGGCGGGCGUGUGCGCCGCUUCCUGCUGCGAUCCGACUCGGUGUCGCUCCGCGUUCAGUCGUUCGGCGCCAUAGUGACGGGCCUGGAGACCAAGGACCGGCGGGGCCAGACAGCGGACAUCAUCCUGGGUUUCGACACCCUCGAAGGCUACAUCAACAAGCAUCCCUACUUUGGGGCAGUGAUUGGCCGUGUUGCCAACAGAAUUGCAAAAGGGAAAUUCAGCAUAGAUGGGAAGGAUUAUCAACUGCCCAUUAAUAAUGGGCCUAAUAGUAUACAUGGUGGCCUGAAAGGAUUUGACAAGGUCCUUUGGACGCCUGAAGUCCUACCCAAUGGAGUGAGGUUUUCAAUGACGAGUGCUGAUGGUGAAGAGGGAUAUCCUGGGGAGCUUAAAGUCUGGGUGACUUAUGUGCUGGAUGGAAAAGAACUGACUAUUAACUACAAGGCUGAAGCCACCAAAACCACACCAAUAAACCUGACCAACCAUUCCUACUUCAAUCUAGCUGGACAUGGAACCCCCAAUAUCUUUGACCAUGAAGUUUCAAUAGAAGCUGAUCACUAUCUACCGGUUGACAAGACAUUAAUUCCAACUGGUGAAAUUGCCUCAGUGGCAAACACUUACUUUGAUCUGAGAAAACCUGUAGUACUUGGAAACCUCAUUGAGAAUAAGCUAAUGGAAGGCUUUGACCACAAUUUCUGUUUAAGCCUCUCAAAGCAACGAUCGCCUUGUGCAAGGGUGUAUCAUCGACCAAGUGGCAGACUGCUGGAGGUUGAGACAACACAGCCAGGAAUUCAGUUUUACACUGCCAAUUUUCUUGAUGGAAGCUUGAAGGGCAAAGGAGGAGCUGUAUACCCUAAGCAUUCAGCUUUUUGCUUGGAAACGCAGAACUGGCCUGAUGCCGUCAACAAGAAGAAUUUUCCAGAUGCAUUGCUGAGACCUGGUGAAGAAUAUAAUCACACAACAUGGUUUACUUUCUCUACUGUGAAAUAGUAAUCUUGGUCUUGUACAGCCUGCAGAUGUGAAGAAAGAUUUGCUGACUACUGUGGGGCUGUAGGCAACCGUUGCUCGACACUAAUUGAAAUCUUGCCACAAGGAGGAGCCCAAGAAGAAUAUUGUCUAGUUAUAACACAUUGAUCUCUAUUUUGCAAAUUAUUUCUAGAAACAUGUUUAUUUUUAGAACUGUCAAGUGCAUUUAAAACUUCUAGAUUUUAAAAAUAUAACUAUUGGCCUGAGAUGGGCUUGAACUAAACUUGCUAACAUUUUUUAAGAAUAGCAAAACAAGGUUUUCAAACCAUUGAUAUGGAUUGCUUGAGUUACUACUAUGAUUGGCAGUACUUGAUCUCAUGGAAGUUUCUCAAAAUCACGGUAAGGAUAGCUUUUCUGUACAGUACAAAGUUACUUCUAAACCUGCAAUCACAAAGCUGAAGAGCAGAAAAAACUUUUAAUUUUCAAAAGGGAAUUGGAUAAAUAUCUCAAAUUUCUAGGAUCAUGAUGUAAGAGGAGAUAGUCACAGGAAAAUGAAAUAGAAUCAGUCACUACAAAAUGUUUUAAGUUAUCGGGAGAGCUUGGCUCAGCUAGGUCUUGGAACACGGGGCGGUGGGGAAGGACCUUAAAAAGGUCUAAAAUUAUGCAGGGCAUAGCUAGAUGAUGAUAAAUCUUUUUCACAGGGAAGGAACGACCAAAACAUAGAUUUAGGGGCAUGGUUUAAGGGACCUAAGGGACAACCUUUUCAUGGAGUAGGUGGCAACUAUAUGGAACAAGCUGCCAGAACAAGUAGUUUUAUCACUUAAAAAGCACGUGUUGGGGCAGGAUAUGGACCAAACUUGGGAAAUUGGGGUUAGUUUUAUGGGCACCAUGGUCAACCUGGACUCAUCUGACAGAAGGGCCUGUAGUGUCCUGCUGAAGGGUCUCGGUCUGAAACCUCAACCAGCUUUUUUUUCCCCAUGGAUGCUGCCUCCAGCAUUUUGUGUAUGUUUCUUGUACGAGUGUGGUUGCUUUCGGUUGCAAGAGUCUGAUCACAUGUAAUCACUGGUUUGAUUUAAAAGUUCAAAUUGUA